AUGGCCACCAUGAGCAGCAGCAGCAGCAGCAGCAGCAGCAGCAGCAGGCCGCACGUCCUCCUCCUGUUUUUCUUUCUCCUGCAUCUUGCUGCCGUCGGUGCUGACGAACAUUUCGACAACCUUCUACUCGGCGCUGCCCAACGGCUGCCGCCGCCGCCGCCGGACAGCUUCUUACUAGUCCUCAUGAGCCACAUGCCGCAGGAUGUGAGCCUCAGCUGCAAGACCUGGACGCCGGGCAGCAGCGACGACUACUUCCAGAGCUUCUCCCUCCAGACUAACGAGGCCCGCCGCAAGUACUUCCGCCUGUCUGACAAGGCUCUCUCUCACGGCUACGCCGUCAGCUGCUACUACGCUUACCGAGGAAACUUCGCAGCCGACGUCGUGAUCUUCAACUCGCUGCGGCCGGACGCCGACCAGUGCAGGGUAAAGAACGACGGCUGCCGGAUCCUGAUCGAUGCGGACUCGGUGAUGUACAACAUCACGCGGAGCGGCGGGAAGCAGGUGGUCGGCGACUUGCCGGCAAAGCAGUGCAAGUGGUUCCUCUUCUUUGCCUAUGACUGCCGGCAGAAGCCUCACAGCCACCCCUUCGUCGGUCGCGUCAUCAGCCGCUGGCAAUGGUGGACGAGUAGUUAACCAACUAGAAUUUCGCGAUGCCCGCGCAUGUGUACGUUCACGUAAAAUCACAGCAUCUGCGCGAUUUAAGAGACUGCCGAAAGAUCCACACAGAUAAAAAUGAAUAGUAUGUAUCUACACAGUACAUGUAUGAUUGAGAAGGCACAACAUUUUUUAAAUUAAUUAAUUGAUUAAUUAAUUACUUGCA